UCAAAAAGUGGAAUGAUUUGGUGUUUACCAGAGAUAUCAGGGAUAUAUGUGUUUAUAUACCCUCCAAAUAUACAAUUUGUUGUGGAACUACAAGCCAAUCACCAAGAUCAUCGGCAGCCCGGAGCAAUUCAUCAACAUGGGCUCGACGAUCAACCUGACCUGCACGGUCCUCUUUUCCGCCGAGAUCCACCCCAACAUCAUCUGGUCGCGGAACGGCGAGGCGAUUGACUUCGAUUCGCCUAGGGGAGGUAUCAGUCUAGUCACCGAAAAAGGUUCCAUAACCACCAGCAGGCUGCUGAUCCAGAAUGCUGGUCGGACCGACUCCGGAUUGUACGCUUGUGCGCAGUCCAAGACGAACGCUGCCAGCGUUCGAGUGCAUAUCUUGAAUGUUGAGAGAAUGGCUCCCCAAAAUUUCCCAAACAAAUAG